UACCCGGAAGCAGGGCGGUGCUGCUGUUUAGCUGUCGAGUCACCUCUGUCAAGCGGGAUGGUGGAGGAAAAUGAGCUACUACCAUGUUGAGUAACGAAGGAUUUCCCACAGCCAGGCAUCUUUAACCGGCACAAUUAGACUGAACUUGUCGUUAAUUUUGAGUGACUGAAACGCUUCAGAAUUGCUGAGUGAAAAAUGAUGGAAGAAAUCGACAGGUUCCAAGUGCCUCCUGUGAACGGGGAGACGCAGCCUUUGGACCCAGCAGCAUCAUCUACUUUAGAAACCCAGCCUGACACUAAAGGAGAGAGUGUGGCCCUGAACUACAAGCCCUCACCACUGCAGGUCCAAAUAGAGAAACAGAGGGACCUCGCCAGGAAGGCUUCAGUGAAGAAUGGCACCGUGGGAAGUCCCGUCAAUCAGCAGCCCAAAAAGAAUGCCAGGACAAGGUUGGUGGUGCCGAACAAAGGCUAUUCCUCUUUAGACCAGAGCCCAGAUGAGAAGCCUCUGGUUGCACUGGACACUGACAGUGACGAUGACUUCGACAUGUCCAGAUACUCUUCAUCAGGAUACUCCUCAGCCGAGGUGAGAUGUCUGAGGGACCAGCAAAUCAACCAGGACCUGAACAUCCAGCUCCUGAAGGACGGGUACCGGCUCGAUGAGAUUCCAGAUGACGAGGACCUGGAUCUGAUCCCACCUAAAGCAGUCAACCCCACCUGCAUGUGCUGCCAGGCUGCUCCCUCUACAGCCUGUCAAAUCCAGUAGUAACCCCACUCCCUCACACACCCACCUCUCUCCUAUAAAGGUUCUUCCUGCCACUUGUACUAAGUUCAGCUGUUGACCAGAGUGGCAUAAAGGAAGCAAAGAAGAAAUAAACUGUCAGCUGGAAAGGACACAAAGGGAGAAUAAAAACAAGGGUUUCUAAACUAAGAAAAAGAGAAACUGAAUGUGUACUGUACCUGUGCAUGUUCCUCCUAUGGCAGGAUCUGUGUGUCUUACUUCGGUGUCGGUUCAGCAGGGAUUCAACUCGCGGCAGAAAAUGUUACCUCUGAGAAAACCAUGUUAUUUCUGCUUGCCUUUGUUAGAAUUUCAUCAUGUUUUAUGACGUUUCUGGUACGUGAGGAUCAUAAAGGAGUGUAUGACAUCGUUGGAGAAGAGGAACAGAAACAGACUGUCCAAGCAGUCUUCUACUAGUGUGUAUGGGCAGUCUGUACAUGUGUGAUGGACUAAAGAUGAGUGGAAGUUUGUUUAUUUUUUUGUUCUAUUUUCUCUUUUUCCCCAGCUUGUCUGCUUCGUCUUCCCUUGGAUAUAUGUGUCAGACUUUAAAAUGACGAGUCACCUCUGUGUGUGCGUGUCUAGUCAUGCUUGGGGAGAAUGGUGAUGAAACGUCAAAUUGCUUAUAAAACACUAGUGCUUACACUCCACACUAAGGUAGUAAUAGCUCUUAGACUGAGAUUGUGCUCCUGGAACCUGUUUUCUAUUUAGUUGAAAGAAGCUGCAUGUUGCCUGUUUACACUGUGUCCCGAUGACAGCUGUGCAGAUGUUUUAUCAGUUCCUACAGACCCAUAGCCAAACCUUUUGGAUUAGGGGCCAUCAUGUGUUUCACUAACUUUAGGUUCACUUAUUUAGGGUAAACGUGAGCUCUUAAAUUGCCAUGUAGUUAGUCUAUUUUAUAGCUUUUUCAUGAUGGUACAUGAAGGGACAAAUAGAUGAAGAGGGAGCUGACAUUUACAGUUGCAGUUGUCAAAUGAAGAAAAUCUCUAAACUGAUGACAAAUUGCUUGAAAUGUUUUAUUUAAUUUUUUUUUUUUUUUGCAAAUGGGACUUCAGUUUUAUUCAUUGUCUUUGUUCAGUGGGAUUAGAGACGUGCAAAUACCUCAGUUACGGCAUGAUUAGGGUUGGGCAUCAAACAUGGAGCACCGAUUUGAACCGGGACUAAUUGCCAGUUUUUCCCUGAAUCAUUCAAUUUUUUUCAUUUCAAUUCUUGGUAUCGAGUCCCAGUUCACCGACCAGAAGAAGAUACUGCCAAAGGGACAGCAGUAGCUCAGGAGGUGGAGCGGGUCAUCCAGUAAUCGGAAGGUUGCAGGUUUGAUCCUGCCUCCAACCAGAGAAUACUGCUCUUGUGUCUUUGGGCAAGACAUUUGACUCACCUUGCCUACUGGUGGUGAUCAGAGGGACCGGUGGUGCCAAUGUUCGGCCGGCCUUGCCUUUGUCAUUGUGCCCCAGGACAGCUGUGGCUACAUCGUAGCUCAUCCCCACCACCGUGUGAAUGGAUGAAUGACUGAUUGUGUCAUGAUGCACCUUGAGGGGUUGUAGAACCCUAAGUAGGCGCUAUACAAAUACAGGUCAUUUACCAAAUACCAGUGAAGAAGAAUUCCACUGGAAGUGUUUGCGUUACUGUGCAAUCAUGGAAAAUGUGCGGAGGUAUGCUAAAGCUGGACUUCGGCCGAUGCUUAUGGAACAUCAUCUGCAAAUUCUGAUCAACACCUUUCAGAGCGGAUCAUGUCAGCUGUCACUAAUCCUUAGUAGCCGACAGAGACCCUGUGUGCAGCGCCGCGUCUCUUUACCUCCUUCCUUCACACUGCAGGAGCGCAGCGGGAAAAAUGUCAACAAACACGUCUGCUGAACUUUUACUGCGAGAGUCAUGUAAACUUUUCAUUCUGAAUAAAAAAUACAGCGUUUGUGUUAAAAGGGUGUUAAAAUGAGACAACACAACAUUUAAUACAAGUUUUAAGGAACCAACUGGCCAAAGUGAAGUGAGGCAAGUCUCACUGCUGAAGCCAUUACGGGUAAAUAUUUAAGGUGAUCUUAUUGCUCAUAGAAUUAAAAUUCAUGUAGAAGUUCAGACUAUUUGAUCACGUAAGAACUGUGGAAAGCUGGCUCAUUUAAAACAUGUAAAGUUUUUGGACCCUGCCUCUUUAAAUAAUCUGAACUGAGAAUCAGUGGGAACCGAAAUCGAAACGAGGAGUUGGAAUCGAAACCAGAAUCAUUCAAAUUCCAACGAUGCUCAACCCUAAGCAUGAUUCAUUUUAAGAACAAAAAGUGUACAUGUAGCACCAGACAGCUGUGUACUUUCAGUGCUUCUUGUCAUUCAUGUAUCAGUCGAUUUUUAAUAGGAAGCCCGUGUUUAGAAUUAUUGAAUGUGCACUGUUUACUAAUUUCAUGUUUGAACCCGUCCGUCUUAUGUUGGCUUCUCUCCUCAGAUGUGAAGGUUUUUAACUUAGAGGCUGGAAACGGUUCAGCCUUUUCACUUCAGUCUUGCCUUUUGUCGUCCUACUUGUCCAUUUGAGUCCUUCGGUGAACAAGUGUCCCGUUGACUGCACAUCCUGCAGCACAAUCCGCUUCCAUAUUGAAUGGGGUGCCCAAAAUAAGACAAAGAAAACCAAGUAAAUUUCAUCAAUGUAUAGAAAAAAAAUGGACCACUUGUUUUACUUGUUGUGAAAAGCGCUACUAUGUAGUCAAAAACUGUCUCACCUACAGAUCCACACACAAUCACGCUGAUUAUUUUUUAUUUGAGCACAGCAGCUUUAGGAACUAUGUGAAUUGACAGAAGUCAUCACUUGAAGAAAAAAUUAUCUGAGAUGUGUUCUUUUAGUGAGUACAUUGUUCCGUUUGGUUACACAGAGUGGUGGGACUUAAUACCUGUACUGCUGCCAGCCACUAGAGGGAGCAUGCCUUUUUUCUUAUUUUCAUGUCUCGUUCCAAUAGUUGCUGUUCUCAACAUUUCAUGUAAUUUAUCACUUGGGAGACAAAAUAGUGUUAAGUUCUUGGUGAGAAAUCACCCAGACUUCUAGACGGCUGACAAAUCAGCACAUUAAAACCAACGUUCAGACUGUAGAGACAAAGGUAAGCACAUGCACAAUAGGUUUGCUGGUGUGGAAAGUAGGACCAGUUUCCAGGCCAAUAACUCAGCGCUGCUUCACAUAAGUAUAGGCAAUUGUUAAAAUUGGGUGUUGAAUUCUGUUCAAACGCUAAUAAGGACUUUUAAAUUUGCACCAUUCCCUUUUAGUAUAAUCUCAUAGGCUCUUUUAAGCUAACAGAAAAAAGUUUGCUGCCAAACAAUGUAAAUAUGUAUUGAUUUGUCAAAAUUAUUACUUGAAUAAUUUUAUUGUUAGGCAAAAUUCCGAUGCCCAUAUGAUCUGAAGAACUGUUUAUAACUACAAUACUAAAUAUUACAUUUUAGUUUCAUUAGAGAUGGACCAGAAAGUGGUUUGUUGAUCAGAAUCGGUCAAUAGUCAGCAUGAUCGACUAAACUGAUGAUAAACUAAUCUAAGACGGCUUCUUUUUUGUGAAUGCAGCAACAAAAAAUCUGACAUUUUUUUAAUUCCCUGAAUGCACCAUUGUUAUGUGCUAAUUCCCACUAGUUAUAAUGGAGCUUUCUUUCUUCUGUUCAUAACUUUUAUUUGAGAUGAUCGAGAAAUAUUCAUAGACCAAAUUUGUGCAUCUCUGCUGAAUAAAGUAUCCUUGUUGAAGGGAGAUCACAUGUAGCAGAAGCAUCACAGACCAGUACACAAAGGAAUCAUAGUUUAAUAGAAAAUUAAAGUUAAUUUAUUUUGUUGACAAGUCAUUGAAGAUGCUACAAAUGUUUUCGGAAAAUUUUGUACACACACACACAGAUAUUGACAUUUCUUUUUCAAGUAGGGUGCUACGUCCAGAAUUAUGUAGGUAAUUUACAUCAUCAGCACAGUUUGAAUAUCUAAAUGUCGUAAGUGCAGCGCCCAGCAGAUAUGAGGGUUGGACUUGAAGCUGUGAACAGAAAAAAACUGAUUUUGUUGCUGCAUUUUUCUUCCAUCAGCAUCGUCACACUGGAUUAGUUCACUAGUCACACCUACGUGUCCCCUUACUGAGUGCAAUACUCAACAGCUGAUGUGUCACUAAACUCAUGAGUUUUAGUAACUUGUAACAGAAACCAUUUAUAUGGUGGGUUAUUUUUCUUACACAGGCAGACACUUAGACACACCAUGACCGUCGUGAACUGGCUUCAUUUAGAUUUUAACAGUGUUACAGUUCUGUGUAUAGUGCAACAUAUCAGAAAUAAAUAUUAGAUAUCUGAA